CUGGGUUAGCACAGUUGGGGACUGGUAAUAAUAGGUGACAACUUCACGGCUUUACGCAGUAAAUGACAAUAACUUGGACUGGUAACGGCUGGAUUUCCUCCAUCCAUUCACCCCUUACUCUCUCCUGCUGCCAAUUACUGAAAUCUUUAAAAACAGCGUAACCUUUUUUGCAUGUUUGUUAAAAUUCUCCGCCAAAUGUCUGACUCCGCCAGUUGAGCUACAGGAUUCUUCCGCCUUGUUGUUCGCUCUCGAGUGAUGUGAACUUGCACAACCUUUAGCUUUCCAAGGUGAAAGCAGAAUUUAUUGGUAUUUGCCAUUCAUUUCACCUUCUGCAUCUAUGCAUCUCAUGAACUCGGAGCUCUUCACGCUGACGUACGGCGCCCUGGUCACCCAGCUGUGCAAGGACUACGAGAACGACGAGGACGUCAACAAGCAGCUUGACAAAAUGGGUUACAACAUAGGCGUUCGGCUAAUAGAAGACUUUCUGGCCCGGUCCAACGUGGGAAGAUGCCACGAUUUUCGUGAAACUGCGGAUGUUAUUGCAAAGAUCGCAUUUAAAAUGUACCUGGGCAUCACUCCGAGCAUCACCAACUGGAGUCCUGGAGGCGAUGAGUUCUCCCUGAUCUUGGAAAAUAACCCCCUGGUGGACUUUGUUGAGCUCCCUGACAACCACUCGUCUCUCAUCUAUUCCAACUUGUUGUGUGGAGUGCUGCGAGGUGCCCUGGAAAUGGUUCAGAUGGCCGUAGAUGUAAAAUUUGUCCAGGACACGCUGAAGGGCGACAGCGUCACAGAAAUCAGGAUGAAGUUCAUCAGGCGGAUUGAAGACAACCUUCCGGCCGGUGAAGAGUGAGCCGCAGCCCAGUCUCCCCUGGGGCUGGAGGGGACCAGCUGGCUUUGGCCAUGAGCUUUGGUCACGGAUCUGUAGGGAUGAGGUGCCCUGUCCAUUCCGACUGACUCGCUGACUGUUUAAGAUGUUGUUAUCUUCUACUCCCAUCUCCCGUAGAAGACGAUUGUCCGGUUGCUGUUUAUUUCACUGGUUCAUUCUGAAGCUUUUUCAUAAAGUGAUGUCUUUUUUCGUAUUCCCCUGGGGACUCUUUCUAUGCUCAGUUUCUAAUUGUGACAUUUGGUUGUGCGAGAACUACAGCUCAAACCCUAGAAGAGUCUGUUCAAAUUCCUAAUCCGUGUCUUAUGGCCAGAACUGGGAGACCAAGCUAUGAGAGCCCCCUGAUUUACUAUUAAACACUGUCCUUAAAAAGAGGUGUUUAAAAUUCAUUCGGUGAUAAACAUGUAGUAUUUCUGUAGACCAAACCGUCUUCCUGCAUUUGAUUCUGAGGUUAACUAGUCAAAGCCAGCCUGGUGCCAAGGCGGGAUGUGGGGGAGCCGUUUGAGGGCGGGGAGGCUCCUUUUGUCGGAGGGCGGCAGCGGCGCACGGCACCGCCAGGUCCAGGGGGUCCGUGUGCCCGGGGCCUUUCUGUGGCCCCUCUUCCCCCAGCAGUCUUGUGACUCCCCACUUGGAAGGGGAGGACCAUUGAAUUGCAGUGGAGCAGCAGCAAAUAACUUCAAAUGGAGAAAAGGGAAAACGCUGCCGGUGUUCCCCAGGGGCCGCGGGGCGAGUGCGGAACGAAAACCCAGACUGCAGGCUGGGAGGUGUUCGGAGGGGUCUGUUCCUGUGACGCUGCGGGGAGGUGGUGCUGGGGUAGAUUCUCACAGCUGCGGAGGCUGCAGCAGCGUUUCCCUUGUUAGGUAAAUUGGCAGGUUUCGGCAGGCUGCAGCACCUGCUGUUCUGCAAAAUAAAUACACCGAGUCGUGUUACGUCUCAAAAAGCAAGAUACUGGAAAAUGAACUUCCUCUGCCGUCCCCUUCAGCCAGAAGACGCGGUCAGACGUUCAGUUCCCAAAUCGCUUUCCAUAGCGUGAAGGCACGAAUCCACAGAGAUAAUCAGGAGCUUGAAGUCGCUAGCUCUGGCCUCCCCAGAGCUGGCGGCUCGAGGACCUUUGCAGGUUUAUGCCCGAGCGUGAGGUGAGCGAGAGGCAGCUGCCGCUUGUGCUGCUGUUGUUCAGGUUCUCCCGAGGAACGUUGGGUCAUCUGGAUGGCUCACCCCGUCCCUUUUUUCCUUUUUUUUUUUUUUUUUUUUCCCCAAAUGAGUCCCUUUGGUGCGAGGGUUUGGCUGCCUGGUGUGACGUGUGUCCUGCGAGGGGGCAGCCGGUCGCUGUAAAAGCAGCUGGAGAGGGACAGGGCGGCCCGGCGGUGGGUUGUGGGGGCAGAGGCGCCGCGUGGUGUUGCAGAGCUGAGACACAUCUGUCCCUUCUCAUCCCUGACCAUUAUAAGUCAUUUUAAUUGCAUUUUAAAAGCAAUUGCAUUAAAAGAAUCCCAGUGUCAA